AUGUCAGCACAAACCACAGUUGCAUCUGAAUACUCGGCAGAGAUUCAUUCUGUUCCAAUUGAACACAGAUUCAACCCAUAUUCAGACAAUGGAGGAACGGUAUUGGGAAUUGCUGGUGAAGAUUUUGCUGUUUUAGCAGGUGAUACUAGACAGGUUGAAGGAUAUUCCAUACAAUCAAGAUACGAACCCAAGAUUCACAAUGUUGGAGAUAACAUAUUAAUGACCGCCAAUGGGUUUGCUGCUGACGGAGUUGCCUUGCUUGAUAAAUUUAAACAAGCGUUUACAUGGUACAAGUUUGAUAAUGGUAAUAGAAAAUUGGAAAUAAGUAGUGCCGCUAGGUACAUUCAACAUCUUUUGUACGGGAAAAGGUUUUUCCCAUACUACGUGAGUACAUUGAUUGCUGGAUUGGAUGAAGAAGGUAAAGGAGCAGUGUAUUCAUAUGAUCCAGUUGGAAGUUAUGAAAGAGAACAAUGUAGAGCCGGAGGUGCUGCUGCUAGUUUAAUUAUGCCGUUUUUGGAUAAUCAAGUCAAUUUUAAAAAUCAAUUUGUACCAGGUACCGAUGGAAAGGAAAAGAAACCAUUGAAAUACUUGUCAUUGGAGGAAGUUAUACAAUUAGUACGAGAUGCAUUCAACUCUGCUGGUGAAAGACACAUUUAUGUUGGUGAUGGAUUGGAAAUUUUGAUUGUAACGAAGGAUGGUGUCAGAACCGAAUACUUCCCAUUGAAGAGGGAUUAA